AUGAAAUACUUAGCUGCUUACUUAUUAUUAGUCCAAGGUGGUAACACCUCUCCAUCAGCUUCUGAUAUCUCUGCUUUAUUAGAAACCGUUGGUGUUGAAGCUGAAGAAUCCAGAAUCUCUUCUUUAUUAUCUGAACUUGAAGGUAAGUCUGUUGAAGAAUUAGUUGCCACUGGUAACACCAAGUUGGCUUCCGUUCCAUCUGGUGGUGCUGCUGCUGCUUCUUCUGGUUCUGCUGCCGCUGCCUCUGGUUCCGCUGCCGCUGAAGUUGAAGAAGAAAAGGCUGAAGAAGCCAAGGAAGAAUCCGAUGACGACAUGGGAUUCGGUUUAUUCGAUUAA